AAUGGUCAGCAUGACUGCCCCACAUGGUUAUGGUAGUGCCAUUAAAGCUGGCCCUGGAAUGUGUGUGAAGUCUGAGCUGUUUGCCCAGAAAGGGGCACCCCUGAAAGGUCUGUGGGAGAGUGCCACUCUGCAGCCAUGGACUGUGUUCCCCUAUUCCCUCACCCUCUCCUGAGCUCCCUGUAAUAAAACUGAGCAUUGCAGUAAGUGUUUGUCUUGCCUGUGCCUGAACAUGAGGGAGAUGGAGUGCCCUUGUGCCUGUCCUCAGCUCCAAAAUGGUGUUGGCAGGUGAGUGCCAGCAGGUGGGAGUGGGGGUGGCUGGGGCAGGACCAGCAUCACACCUUAGGGAGUGGCAGGGAAUUGGCAAUAGUCACCUUCUAAUGUUCUUUUCCUCCCUGAAAGGCUGCAGAGCCCGGCUGGCUUUUCACCUUUUCCAGGGAGAGCUGGAUCAUUACAGACCUGUGUGCACAGACCCAGACAAGGCCAUCAAACCCCUGUCACAGCCAAGGGAUGUGUGCUGUGCCUGCUGCUCACGUGGGGACGGUUGAGCUGCUCAGACCAGUGUUCUUCGUUCCUCCAAACACCCCUUACAGGCAUCCAGGGGCAGGUUUGAUCCCAGAGGGAUCUGCUCUGGGUCACUGCAGUUCUUGUAUUCCUGCUGAAGCAUUUUCUCAGGCUCAUGAACUCGUGUUCACCACGUUCUAGUUCUGGGGGUUUUCUCUCUUUUUGGUCUUUCUGGAGUGUUUUCCCCUUCUUUGUCUUGCUGCACAGGAGCCUCACGGAUUUCCCUCUUCCUUCCCUUUCCUGCCUCACUUUCCCCUGUGAUGCCCCAGGUGAGGAAUCCCACCCUCAGCCCAGUGCAAUUUCUAAGGGAUUGUUGUUUGCCCCACUUUGCACCUGGUGUUCUUUGAGCAUUUCCCCACAGAGUGGGAAUACAGGAGAGCAAAGCAGACACGCACUGCUGGAGUUGGGUCACGCAGCUCCUCUGCAUGGUAAAUGAGAGUGACACACAGGAUCCUCCUCCUGGCAGCAGGCAGCAGGGCUCACCUGGGCUGACUCCCCAGGCAGGGCAGGAGCAGGAGGAGCUCCUUCCUUCCCCGCUGACAGCAGCCAGGCAGCAGGCAGAGAGUGCUGCCUGUCCUGCCAUGACCGCCGAGAGGGAGCGGCAGCUGGGCAGCCUGACCGUCUUCAACAAGGAGGACUUCGAGGAUGACUGGGUGAAGGUGGCCAGUGGAGGCUUUGGGCACGUGUACCAGGUGAAGCACAGGAGGUGGAGGACAGUUUAUGCCGUGAAAUGCUCCCCGUACCUGCUGCAGGACUCCGGCACGGACAGGACCAGCAUGAACUGCCUCAUGGAGGAGGCGACCAAGAUGGAGAAAAUCAAAUUCCAGCACAUCGUCACCAUCUACGGGGUCUGCAACAGCCCCCUGGGGAUAGUGAUGGAAUACAUGGCCAGAGGGUCCUUGGAGAAAAUCCUGCCCACUCACAAAAUGUCGUGGCAGCUCAAAUUCCGGGUUAUCCACGAGAUGGGCUUGGCUAUGAACUUCCUGCAUAGCAUGACACCCCCUUUGCUGCACUUGGAUCUGAAACCAGGGAACAUUCUCCUGGAUGGGAAUAUGCACGUCAAGAUCUCAGACUUUGGGCUUUCCAAAUGGAUGGAGCAAUCCAGCAGAAUGCAGUACAUUGAGAGCUCUGCUCUGAGGGGCACUCUGAGCUACAUCCCCCCCGAAAUGUUCCUGCAGAACAGCAAACCCCCGGGAAUCAAAUACGAUGUGUACAGCUUCGGCAUCGUCAUUUGGGAGGUGCUCAUGCAGAAGAAACCCUAUGCAGGAGCCAACAUGAUGGCCAUCAUAGUCAGGGUGGCCGCGGGGAAGAGGCCUGGGCUGGAGCUCAUCAGCGACGACUGGCCCGGGGAGUGCCAGCAGAUGGUGGACUUGAUGAAGAGGUGCUGGGACCAAGACCCCAAGCAAAGGCCAAGCUUUUCAGAUAUCCCUGUGGAGACAGACAUGCUGCUGGCACUGAUACAGAGCCUGGUGGUGGACCCAGAGAACGAGCGCCUGGUCAGGAAGAUGUCCCACAAACCUGCCAUCUCUGGGAACCAGCAGAGUGACAAAGAGGAGUUCACCUUCCCCCAAGACACCAGGAGUGAUGAAACGGAUAACCAGGAGGUUCCUCUCCCACCUCCCUACAGCGAGGCCGAGAGCCCAGAGGAGAUCCUGUCCGAGGAGAUCUGCAGAGUCCACGAAAACGGGCUCACCCUUCUUCACCUCAUGGUGAUCCAGGGCAACGUGGAGAAGGUGAAGUUCCUGCUGAGCUGCAAGGCCAACGUGAACAGCCAGGUGGGCUGUGGCUACACCCCGCUGAUCAUGGCUGUGCAGAAGAGGCUGCCGGAGAUCUGCUCCGUCCUCGUGGAGCACGGCGCCGACCCCAACGUGCCCGACGAGGACGGCUGGACCCCCCUGCACUUCGCCGCCCAGAACGGGGACGACAGGACCGUCCGGCUGCUGCUGGACCACCAGGCCCGCGUGGACGCCCAGGAGCACGACGGGUGGACCCCCCUGCACCUGGCGGCGCAGAACAACUUCGAGAACGUGGCGCGGGUGCUGCUGUCCCGCCAGGCCGACCCCAACACCCAGGAGGCGGACGGGAAAACCGCCCUGCACGUGGCGGCCUGCUUCGGCCACGUGGGGCUGGUGAAGCUGCUGGCCAGCCAAGGGGCCGACCUGGAGAGGAAGCAGAAGAACCACAGGACCCCCCUGCACGUGGCCGUGGAGAGGGGCAAGUUCAGGGUGGUGCACUACCUGCUGAAGAACGGCACGAGCGUGAACAGCCUGGACCAGAACCGCUACAGCGCCCUGCACCUGGCCGCCGUCAGGGGCAAGCUGCUCAUCUGCGAGAAGCUCAUCAAGCACGGGGCCAACGUGGAGCUGAGGACGGACAAAGGCUGGACCCCCCUGCACUUGGCCUCCUUCAAAGGGCACGUGGAGAUCAUCCGGCUGCUGCGGCGCAGCCGCGCCCGGCUCAGCGCGCGGGGCAGCACGGACUGGACCCUGCACUUGGCCACCCGCUACGGCGACGAGCCCGUGGUGCGCGAGCUCCUGCGGGGCGGCGCGGACCCCAACGUGCCCGAGAGGUCGGGCUGGGCCCCCCUGCACUUCGCCGUCCUGAGGGGCUCCUUCCUCGCCGUCAUCAACCUGCUGGAGUGCGGGGCCGACGUCAACGCCAGGAACAAGGUGGGCUGGACGCCCCUGCACCUCGCCGUGCUCAAGGGCAACAUGGCCAUCGUCAAGACCCUGAUCAAGGCUGGGGCGCUGCUGGACGUGGAGGACAUCACCGGCUGCACGGCCCUGCAGCUGGCAGUCAGGCACCAGAGGGAAAACAUCAUCACUCUGCUGCAGGGCCACGAGUCGGGGCUGAACAGACCGGGGAGCAGGACUCCGGUGCACGAGGCGAAGGUUUCGAGACCCAGACUCGUUCCGGGAAGGACAGAUUUGUAAAUUCAUCAGCCCUGGCACUUAUGGCUUGAGUUUUCCAGUGCCAGGUGCUAUUCCUUAAAGCACCUUGUGACUUUAAGCACCUGGUGACUACUUUCCUUUUUUUAAAUGGGAGUUUCUAAGCAUGAACAGUAAAAGAGUAAAAGAAAAAUGAAGCUGCAGAAGGGAGCUGACAAGUUAUUUUCCAGGGUCUGGCCAAGCUUGUAGAACAUUUUGCCUUGGUGAUAUUGGCUGUAGGCAAUGCUUUCCUGUUUAAUUCUUGCUGUGCAGGGAUGGAAAGGGAUAUAUGUAGUCCCUGUUCAUAUGGGCAAUGCUGAAGCUGUGCACAGCAUAUCUACAUGUCUUCCACGGAUUUUAUUGCUUUUAUUCCAUGUUUUCCUACAGAGAAAAUUGGUGUUAAAAUGACCUUGGCACAGGUGGGAAUUGAAUAAUGAGAUUCUCACCUGCUGCUGGAAAUAGACACCAAGCAUAUGGUACAGUAAUGUGUCAGAUUGAUGACAUCUCAUUUUUGUAACAAGAAUUAAAUAAAG